UUUUGCAAACUGUAAAUGAGUCGUGAGGGCGUUUUCCGGCACUUUGUUUGUUCAGGGUUUGAGGUAAGUCAAAAGAACCGAGUAAGGUCUGACUUAUAACAGGUACCAUGAACUCCUGCCCGGGCCCUGGCAGUAAUCUCAGUGAUAUCAACAAUCGACAUACAGCAGGAUCUAGGGAGAUGGUUUACCUCCACCGUCAGGCCUUCCUUGGGUUUUCCACGCUGUGGAAAUAUCUCAAGGCACUCUCGAAUGGACUCUUUUCCCCAUCCCUCACCCUUUUCCGGCGCCUGUUUGGCGGUCUGUUGAAUGUCCCACAUUCCUGCUUUUCCCGGAAUCCUAUAUCUUCAUUUCUAAGUAUUUACCGACCAGCUGACAGUGGUUUUAGUAUUCAAUCAGAUGCCUCGGCGGGAGUCGCUGCGAUCAGUCUCCGGGGUAUUCCAACAGUACCUGCCAACGCAUCCAAUAAUAUUGCAUGCAGUUUGGCACCUGUUGCUAUGUCUCCCUUGGCACAGUCAGGAAUGAUCAAUCUUCAGUCGCAGUCGCACCAACACAGUGCACCACCAGUCGUACCAAAUAUUCAUUGCCGCCGUAAAGUUCCCUUUAUAGCUUCAUCUGUUCAAAGAUACGGAAAGGACAUAAAAAUUGAGCCUUCUAGCGGGAUAGAAAGUAUCCACCCUGCCGUUAGACAGUACCCCAAACGCCAUUUGCCUACUGAUUGGGAAGCGCAUGUUCAUCCCGAGGGUGCCCUGUAUUUCUAUCAUCCGGGGAAGAGGGUCUUCACCGAUACAAACGUGCAGGACUUCCUCGACGAUUUGAACAACUGUGCAGAUGAUCUACGCGCUCUUGCCGAGAGCAAUAACAUUGACCUGACUCAUAUCGAGCUGACGCUGCAGCUUGGCAAGCAUCCGAAUACCGGAGAACGAGUCUGCAGUUAUUAUUUCGCUGACCGUGUCGAGCGCACCAUCUUCUGGCUUCAUAAAUUAGAUACCGAAGACCUUUUUAAUGGAGUCAGAGGGGUGGAGGAACACAGUCAUAUCUGUUAUGUCAUCCAAAGCCAGUACUGGAUGCACUGUGAGCUCUAUCCCAACAACAGAGAGGAGGAAUCACAAAAGGGACUUCUUGCGGAGCUCAGAGAAAUCAUUGUGCAUGCUAGUGCAGACGUCAUCACGUCUGAAACGUCCUUGUCACCAUUUGGAGGGGAAGACCUCUCAAAAAUACUGGAUCUAAUCGAUCACCUCAAAGAAACUACUUCAAAGGAAUGUGGCCCCUACUCCAUAUGCGUCAUUGCACGUUUUAUGCGAUACUUCGCCCGAGCCAAAUUUUUGAACUUCUGCGGCCAAUCUUGUGCACGUUUGGCAGCUGACCAGUCAAUAUAUUUCACGGAUGAUGAGCACAUCGUAAAGUCCGUAAUAUCUUGGAUCAUGGAGCUUUUGUGUUUCGGCGCUCCCCAUGCUCAGAUGAAGGAACUGCGAAGAGUCUGGGUGGAUAAAAAUACAACUUCACCUCGAUGGAAAGAUUUCAAUGACAAGCUCGGCAGGGAAUGGGUUUCUAUCACGAUCUAUUCGACGGUGAUGCUAACUGUGGAUCUCACUUUCCUCGCGGUGCCCAGCGUGAACGCUGACGAAUCGCAAUCUGUUACCAUUAUCGCAGCUUAUCUGGCAACGUUCUGUGUAAUUGGAUCCCUAGUUGUGUCCAUUUUACUCGCCGGACAAAACCGCAAAUAUGGCAAUGUCUCUGCCGAUACCGCUGUCGUGUUCCUCACCAGAAUGACAAAUUCAAUAUUUGGUGAGAAAGCCCUCGCAAUCUUACACGGUCUUCCGUUCGCACUGCUUAUGUGGGGGAUGAUAUUCUUCCUCGUCGCAUUUUCCUCCCUGGUGUUUAAAUCUACCUCCGACAUACUUCGAGGAAUAGUUGGUUGUGGUUUGUUGAUCAUCAUCCUGCUCAUCUUGUGGCCGAUUUGGAGUACGAGAGACUAUCAUGUGUUCAGUUGGCUUCGUGAACGACUAGCGUUAUCCGAAUAGCUGGCAGCAUACUUGAUGACUUGUAGGUUAUGUACGUACGUUCGUUGUAUAAUUGAGUAAGACUUCGAGGUAUUGAAAGGUCCUCGGUCUCUGGUACCGCGACUCGCGCUUUACAGCUGUGCCUCGAAAAUUCCCUCAUGAGCCCCUGGCAUUUGACAAAUUUGAUAACCAGAGAUGUUCUUGACGCCUCAGCCCAGGUCUGGCGCGGAG